CGAGUCCAUAGCUUCUCGAUCAAUUAUGCUUUUCUGAUCAAUGCCUUUCGAGGUUUUUGAUACUUGUCUUUUCCAAAAUUUAUGCUUCUUCGUCAUGGUCUUUGAGAGAACUUGUGAAAAACAUAUGUAUUUCGAAUACAACAGAAAUGGAAAAAAGCUUUAUCCAUGGCAGCCGGUAUUUCUGGAUGGGAUCUCCAGGCCGAGACAAAUGGGUACGAGUCUAAGCUCAUUGAUGCCAUCUCCAAAGAAAUCCUUGUAAAAAUUUGUGGCAUGGUCUUUUUAGUAGGGAUAGAUGUCCAUGCCGAUAAAAUUACCGUUGCGCUUCAUCAGGUCUCAUAAGGUCCAUAUGAUUGGUAUAUGUGGUAUUGGUGGAAUAGGAAAGACAACUCUUGCGAAAGUUAUCUAUAAUUUGAUAAAUGUUUCUUUUGUGAAGAUGUUCAAGGAACUACAAAACGACAUGGCCUAUCUCAAGUGCUAACAGAACUUUUAGAUGAUAGCUUAAUUGGAAACUAGAGUUGUGAAGGUAUCAAAUAUUACUCAAGGAAUUACUUUAUGGAAACAGAGCGUUAAAUCAAAGCGUAUUUUGCUUGUUUUAGAUGAUAUUGGUCAUUUGGACCAGUUACAAGCACUAGCGGGUUCACAUGGUUGGUUUUUCCCAGGAAGUUUGAUCAUUAUGACUAGCAAAGACAAACAAUUAUUAACUUCUCAUAAAGUGGAUGAAAUUUAUGAGAUUGAAUUUUUACGUGAUGAUGACGCCCUUGAGCUCUUUAGUUGGCAUGCCUUUGGCGAAAAGCAUCCUAGGGAAGACUUCCAAGACCUUGCUGAUCGGGUGGCGCAAUAUGUGCAAGGCCACUGUCUUGCACUUAUAGUUCUGGGUAAUUUUUUGUAUAAUAAAACAGUGCUUCAGUGGAAAAGCGAACUGGAUAGGCUUCAGUUAUAUCCUAAUGCAGAUAUACAACUAGUGCUUAAGUUGAGUUAUAAUGGACUAGCAUUGAUCAGAAAAGUACCUUCCUUGAUAUAUCUAGUGCAUUUAUUGGAGAGAGUAUAGAUUUAGCAGCAAGUGUAUUCGAUAGCUGUAAUCUCUUUGCCAAUACAAAUAUCAGAGUAUUAGUUGAUAAGUCGUUAGUCACGAUUUCUAGCAGCAGGUUACUUCAAGUGCAUGACUUGAUUCAAGCAAUGGCAAAGGAAAUUGUACGCGAAGAAUCUAACAGGCCUGGGAAUCGGAGCAGAUUGUAGAUUCCAUCAGAUGUUAUUGAUGCAUUGAGUAAGAAUAAGGUAACACAAGCCGUUGAAGUUCUAGUCCUUAUGCUACAGAAGUCGUUUCAGAAAGUUCACAUAUACUGCAAAUCUUUUUCUAGUAUGAAUAAUAUGCGGAUCCUCAAAAAUUUUGAUCUGGAAUUGGAAGACUCUGAGCAUGUAUUUGAAUCAGAUUUGGCUAAGGACUCAAAGGUGAACUACUCUGGAAGUUUGGAAUUUUUGUCCAAUGAACUACGUUUGCUUUAUUGGCAUAGAUACCCUUUCAAGUCGCUACCAUUAGAUUUUUAUCCAGAAAACAUUGUUGCCAUUGACAUGUCUUAUGGUUGCAUCAAAUAUCUUUGGACAACCCCUAUGCGUUUAAAAAGGUUAAAAAUAAUGAAGCUGAGGCACUGUCAUAACCUUACAAAUAGCCCCGACUUCAGAGUUUAGAAAUCUUGAAGAGCUAAAUUUUGAAGGGUGUAUGAAUUUGCGUGAGAUUCAUGCAUCAAUUGGACUACUCAAGCAGCUUGUUGUCUUGAAUUUGAGGAACUGCAUACGCCUUAGUAGUUUUCCAUGCAUAACCGAAUUAUAUUCUCUGGAAGUUCUGAAUCUUUCUGGUUGCAUAAAAAUGGAUAAAUUCCCUAAGAUGUUGGAAACCUUUAAGAGCUAGGUAGAGGUCUGUGUUGAUAACACUGCCAUGAAAGACCUUGUCCCUUUUCAAUCAUCGUUGAGUAAUGUUCAAGCGGAUUCACUUAGAGAGCAUGAGGGGAUCCAAUGGCCUCAAUCAAGAUGGUGGACUUCAACCUUUUGGCCUUCGUUUUUACCAAGAAUACCUUCAUUAUCGUGUCUACGUCUCUUAAAACGUCUGGAUCUUAGCCAUUGCAAUUUAUCAGAACUGAGUCAGGACAGCAUUGGCAGUUUAUUGUAUUUAGAACAUUUAAAAUUGAAUGGUAAUGACUUUACAAGCUUGCCUGCUAGUUUGAGUCAACUUUCUCGACUUCAGAUGCUUGGACUUGUUGGUUGCAAGAAGCUUGAAGUGUUGCCAGGACUUCCACCAAACAUUACUCGUUUCGAUGCUUUUGAUUGCACCGCUUUACGACAACUGCACAAGCAGCAAAUACUUAACAGCAACUAUAACUUGUUCUAUGAUUUGACUAAUUGUCCAAAAUUGGUUGAUAGUUAUACCAUUGAAAGCAUGGUGUCUAUGUUGGUGCCGCAGAGAAGUAAUUACAUGGGUAAGAAAUUGCAUAUUGUGCUCCAGGGAACUAGAAUUCCUCAAUGGUUUACAAAUCAAAGUACAGGAAAUCAUGUAAAGAUAAAAGAUUAAUAACUGCAAGCAUUUUGGAUUCGCGGAUGGGAGGAGCAACAGCUUCACUUCCUCGUUGCUUCUUUCUAGACCUACACCGUGUAUACCAGAGAGUGGAAAAGUGCAUACAACCGUGUAGUUUUUGGAAAGUAAGGAUGAAUGUGUAAUUUCAUUAAAUCACAAGGAAUUUUACUCGAUUUGCAAAGAUGAUUUGACCAAUAGAAGAAUACAAGCAACGAAUAGGUGUGUGACGACA